GACAGUGUGAGGACCCCAGUCUUUCCCUGCAGGGGCGGGGAUCCUCCUGCCACCAAGGGGCAGGGAGGCGGGUCCAGGCAGGAGGGGCCUGUGGGGCAAAAUAGGGCGCGGCCCCAACUGCUCAGAGACUGCAAAUUCUCCUCUCCGCACCCGGUCCGGACCUGUGCGUACACAGGGGCGCCACCUCAGACCCCACGCGCGUUCAAAGCAAGAUUCAAAGGAACAUCUUAGCGGGUUUACCAGCUCCCCGUCAUCCUACUAGAAAGAAUCUGGCACCUCCAAGGUGGUGAUGGCUCUCCAGAGGACCCAUUCACUGCUUCUGCUCUUGCUGCUGACCCUGCUGGGGCUGGGGCUGGUGCAGCCCUCCUAUGGCCAGGAUCGCAUGUACCAGCGGUUCCUGCGGCAGCACGUGGACCCCCAGGAGACAGGUGGUGACGAUAGCUACUGCAACCUGAUGAUGCAAAGGCGGAAGAUGACUACUCCAAGGUGCAAGCGCUUCAACAGUUUCAUCCACGAGGACAUCUGGAGCAUUCACAGUAUCUGCAGCACCACCAGUAUCCCGUGCAAGAACAACCAGAUGAACUGCCAUGAAGGUGUCGUGAAGGUCACAGACUGCAGGGACACGGGAAAUUCCGUGGCCCCGAACUGCAGAUAUCGGGCUAGGGCCAGGACCAGAAGAGUUGUCAUUGCCUGCGAGGGUAACCCAGCGGUGCCUGUGCACUUUGAUGCGUAGAUGCCAUCCAGUAUUGGUUACAGCCGGUGGCCCACCUCCGAUUUAGACCUAGAUGGCAAUGAGCGAGACAUUUGAAAGGUCUCCAGCUCUGUUUCCUCUGCUCAUUUCCUGUGCUUCUUCCUCUGUGUAACCCAUUCUAUUAAAUACACUGCAUCCAAGAGAAA